GCGUUUCGCGUCUUUGUUUAUUUACACAAAACUCAAAAAGUGUCUGUGACCAACAACAACAACAAUUAUGCUUAACAAACUGUAAAUCGAUGAGCCAAAUUAUUUAAACAAUCAAUUUGAAACAAAAGCAAACGCAACUUAAAGUCAAAAUGAUGCUACACGAGGCUGUCAUGUUGGAAAUCUAUCGACAGGCGUUGUCAGCCAGCGAGCUGACCAGUCCGCGUUGCCAGUCGCGUGAGUCGAACGCAUCGGCGACCGCUGGCGAGGCGCGCUGUCCGUCCAACGAGUCGCACUGCUCGGCCAACGAUUGUCUGACGCCAGCGCCGACGCCGACGCCCACAUCCGCGGCAGCGUCGCCCGUGGGAUUGCCGCUGGCGGCGACACUGGCGCCCAAUGCUGCAGCAGCGCUGCUGCCGCCGCAGUCGGCAGCAAUGGCCGCGUAUCUGGCAGCAGCGCAGCAGAAUCAUUUGCUGCUGACGAAUCCGCUGGCGGCGGCAGCGUCGCUGGUGCAGCAGGCCAAGGAGCAGGCGCAGCGCGAACAGCACCAGGAAAUGGAGGAGGAGGAGGAGGAGGAGUCGCCGGCGCUGGAUUUUAGUCGCAAGCGUGUGGCAAGUGAGGGCGAGGCGGAGCCAGAGGCAGCGGGCAGCGAUGAGGAGCAGCUGGAGGCAGCGCCGCUGGAUUUGACUGUAAGCGCGCGCAAGCGACAAACGCCAGAGCGCGUGGGCGUGGCAGCGGCGGAGGCGGAGACGCCAGCGCGCAAGUUGCCACGUGGCAGCGACUACAGCUGGGUGCCACCAAUGAAUCCGUAUCUGGCAGCAGCUGUGGGCAAAAGCGGCGCCAACAAGGCGCUGGAGAAGAUGAGCGAGCUGAGUCGAUUGGCGACGCCGCCGCCAGCAGCAGCAGCAGCAACCGUCACGUCUGGACGUGCAACAGUUGGUGGCAGGCACAGCGCCUGGCAAUCGCAUUGGCUGAACAAAGGCGCCGACGCAGCCAAGGAUGUGUUCAAGUGCGUCUGGUGCAAGCAAAGCUUCGCCACGCUGGCGCUGCUCACCACGCACAUGAAGGAGACGCAGCACUGCGGCGUGCCCAGCAGCUCACCCACAUCAGCGCCAGCUGCCGCAGCAGCAGCGCAGCAGCAGCCGCCGCCGCCACGCGCAGCCAACAGCAGCAGCAGCAGCUCCAGCUCCAGCACAGGCAGCAGCAAAUCCGAGCUGAACAUGCUCAUCAAAGAUCAAAUGCCGCUGCCGCGCAAACUGGUGCGUGGCCAGGACGUUUGGCUGGGCAAGGGCGCGGAGCAGACGCGUCAGAUCCUGAAGUGCAUGUGGUGUGGCCAAAGCUUUCGCUCGCUGGCCGAGAUGACGGCGCAUAUGCAGGAGACGCAGCAUUACACGAACAUCAUAAGCCAGGAGCAAAUCAUCAGCUGGAAAUCCGGCGAUGAGCGUCAGUCCCAAACGCAGUCCACAGCCACGCCCACGCCGCCCAGCGUUAGCGCCGUGCUCACCUGCAAGGUGUGCGAACAAGCGUUUGGCACGCUCAAGGAGCUGAGCGCGCAUAUGGCGCAGCAGUCGCACUACAAGGAGUCCACGUCGACGUCCACGCCCACGCCCAGUUCGCCGCCAGCUGCGCCGCCCGCCAAGCGCUGCGCACGCUCGCAGCGCAGCGAGAAACGCAAAAAGUCGCUGCCAGUGCGCAAGCUGCUCGAGCUGGAGCGAUCCGCCGGCAGCAGCAGCAGCAGCGCUGCACUGGACUCCGCUUUGAAGCCGCUGCGCGACUUUGCCGCCGCCACCAAAAUCACCUGCGAGAAAUGCGGCUCCAAAAUCGAAACCGCUUUGUUUGUCGAGCACAUACGCAAAUGUCUGGGCGAGAGCAUGCCCAUUCCGCCGCGACGCCAAGCCCAAGCUGAGCCACGUUUGGCUAGUCCAGCUGGGUCUGGCGCUGCGCCGCCCUCCGUGCUCAAUGCGCUGGAGCAGCUCAUCGAGAAAUCUUUCGAGUCGCGCGUGUGCCGCUCCAGCUUCAGCGACGCCGGCACUCCGCUGGGCGCCAGCAUUUUGAAGCGUCUGGGCAUCGAUGACAGCAGCGACUAUACCAAGCCCUUGAUGGACGCCCAGGCCAUGCAGCUGCUGCGCUCCUCCUACGCUCUGCGCGAUCGCAGCGCCAGCGAGUCCAGCUCCGCCAGUCGCGUCGAGUCCGCCUAUACGCCCACGCCCAGUGCCACGCCUACAGCUACAGCGCUGCCACCGCCCAUCAAAUCGGAGCCGCUGGAGUCCGAGGAGCUCAUGGAGCGUCCGCCGCAGCAGCAGCAGCAGCAGCAGCAGAUUAGCGUCAAGAAGGAGUUCAGCCUGGAGCGUCAGCGCAGUCCCAGCGCCCACAGCGAACGCUCCAAUGCCUCGCCAGCGGCUGCUGCUGCUCCAAGCGCAACUGGAGCAGCAGCUCCGGAGAGCGGCAGUUUGCUCGCUCUCAAUUCCAUGUUCGAUCAGCUGAGCGGCACUGAGCACAACAACAACAACAACAAUGGCCUUUGCUUCAACAACAACAACAACAACAAUUUGACUGGCGCCAAUAAGAAGCCCAAGGCUCAUCCGCUGGCUGCGCUGCAGAAACUCUGCGAGACGACCGAUCCACCAGCUUCGAAUACGCGCAGCGCGUCGGCGUCCUCUGCCGGCAAUGGCAGCGGCAGCGGCAGCGAUCUGGUGGCCUUCAGCUGGGCCUGCAACGAGGCGGUGCUGAGUGCGAGCGCCCAGGCCGGCGCUGGAGCCGAGUCCAUCAUUAAGUGUGCCUACUGUGAUACGCCGUUCGGGUCGAAGGGCGCGUAUCGUCAUCAUCUGUCCAAGGUGCAUUUUGUGAAGGAUGCGGGCGAGGAUUCGCCGACGUUGAAGUCGCCAGCGCAAUCGCCCAAAGCGUUGCCACUCACAUCGCCCAAGCGCGCCAGUUCGCGCAGUCCGGCAACGCCGGCUCAGCCGACGCCAACGUCGUCGUCGUCGUCGCCUUAUGACGAAAGUCCGCAGUCAAAGUUUCUCAAGUACACGGAGCUGGCCAAGCAGCUGUCCUCCAAGAAUGCCUAAAGAGCGAGCAUUUCGAUCAAAGAGAGCGGCGGCGGCGUCGCGCUCUUUGCAGCCAAACAAAAUUUCCCCUACUUUGCUGAAUGAGAAUUUCCCCAAUCGCAUGUUGCCCCUUUGCUGACGUCACACAGGGCGAAGAAGAACAACAGUUUUGAGUGCUCGCUCAGUUUCUCUUUUUAUUGUUUCGCGUGUCCAAGCAGCAAACACAAUAAGCUAUUGCUAUCUCGCUUGCACGCGUGCGCAAUUCAAUUACCACCACUUUGACGAACUGCUGUCCAUCAAAACGAACUCACACACACACACGCGCGCGCUCACGUAUAGAGAGUGAGAGCGGGAGCGCAAGCGAGACAGCUGUAGUAUGCAGCGCAGCGUUUGACGAAAGGCGACGACAACAGUUCGUCAAAUUUGUAUGCAAAGCAAAAACAAAAAGCAAAACCAAUUGCAAAAACAAAAAGCAAAACGUCUGACGAUUGGAUUGGAGCAAAUAUAACAACUGCCCACUUGGCUGUUUCGAUGAGGUGGGGGGCGGGGGAAUAUUUUUGUAUUGAGCGCAAAAACCCGUUUGAGCGCAAAAUUGAGUGAAAAUUUUGUUUGCGUGCCAAAUUCGAAUUAAAAUACUUAA